UCUGCUGAAAUCUGUGCUUGAAAGUGCAAAUGGAAAAACCCCGGCCAUUAUGGGACAAUCCCUUACAGUUUGUUUUUGCCUGCAUUUCUUAUGCAGUGGGGCUGGGAAAUGUUUGGAGAUUUCCAUAUUUAUGUCAGAUGUACGGAGGAGGGGGAUUUUUAAUCCCAUAUCUCAUCAUGUUAAUUGUAGAAGGGAUGCCUUUGCUAUACCUGGAGCUGGCAGUGGGACAGCACAUGCGCCAAGGGAGCAUAGGCGCGUGGAAAAUCAUAAGCCCCUACCUCAGCGGAGUUGGCAUUGCCAGUGUGGUGGUGUCAUUCUUCCUCUCCAUGUACUAUAACGUUAUAAAUGCCUGGGCAUUCUGGUACCUGUUCCAUUCAUUCCAGGAUCCCUUGCCAUGGGCCAGUUGUCCACUGAACAGUAACCACACCGGUUAUGACGAAGAAUGUGCGAAGACCUCGUCUACUCAGUACUUUUGGUACAGGAAAACCCUGAACAUUUCACCAUCCAUUGAGGAGUAUGGGAGCAUCCAGUGGGAGCAAGUGGUAUGCCUGAUCCUGGCUUGGCUGGUGGUCUAUCUCUGCAUUCUGAGAGGAACAGAGUCUACCGGCAAGGUUGUCUACGUAACAGCUACUUUGCCAUAUUUGGUCCUCAUGAUAUACUUAAUUAGAGGACUAACACUACAUGGAGCUGUGAAUGGGCUGAUUUACAUGUUUACACCAAAGGUACCGAAAAUUCCACUUUUAUUUUCAUCAGCCAUUGCUCACUCUCUUGUUUUACAGCUAGAGCAAUUAGCAAAUCCUAAAACCUGGAUUAAUGCAGCUACCCAGAUCUUUUUCUCACUUGGUCUUGGUUUCGGAAGCCUGAUAGCGUUUGCCAGCUACAACGAGUCAAACAACAACUGCGAGAGACAUGCCAUUAUCGUCUCUUUGAUAAACAGCAGCACGUCCAUAUUUGCCAGUAUUGUGACUUUCUCUAUCUAUGGUUUUAAGGCGACUUUCAACUAUGAAAACUGUCUAAGCAAGGUAAUAUUGCUGUUGACAAACGUUUUCGACCUGGAAGAAGGAGCUUUAACGGCAGACAAUCUCGACAGUAUGAAAGAUUACCUAACGUCCACUUACCCAAACCAGUAUGCAGAAUUAUUGCCACAGAUUAAAAACUGCAGUUUGGAAGCUGAACUAGACACGGCUGUCCAAGGCACUGGACUGGCAUUUAUAUUGUAUUCGGAAGCAAUAAAAAACAUGGAGGUCUCUCAGCUGUAUUCAGUGCUAUACUUUAUUAUGCUGCUGAUGCUGGGCAUAGGCAGUAUGCUGGGGAACACUGCAGCUAUCCUCACCCCUUUGACAGACAGCAAAUUUCUGUCCACCCAUUUACCUAAAGAGGUGAUCUCAGGUAUUGUGUGUUUCAUCAACUGCAUUGUUGGCCUGGUGUUCACCAUGGAGGCUGGAAACUAUUGGUUUGACAUAUUCAAUGACUAUGGAGCUACCCUCUCUCUGCUGCUCAUCGUCCUAGUGGAGACAAUCGCGGUUUGUUAUGUCUAUGGGCUAAGGAGAUUUGAAAAAGACCUUCUCCUAAUGAUCGGACACAAGCCAAACUGGUAUUGGAAAAUUAUGUGGGCUUUUGCCAGUCCUGUGCUAAUUAUAAGCUUGUUUAUAUUUUACCUCACUGACUACAUCCGCACAGGAACACUGCAGUACCAAGCGUGGGAUGCCACACAGGGUCAACUGGUUACAAAAGAUUAUCCAAGUUAUGCCUUGGCAGUUAUUGGACUACUUGUGGCUUCAUCCACAAUGUGUAUACCAAUAGGUGCAUUAAUAAUUUUUAUAAUGAAGAGACUGAAGAAGAGAAGUGUAUCAACUCUUGAAUGAACAUUCAUAACUGGACUCAUGAAAACUAUCACCAGUUGCAAUAAUUGUGUGGAUCUUGGGAGACCACAGUAAUCAUUAUUUGUAGCAACUAUUCAUAGAUAUGCAGAACCUUGGGUGAUGUUUUUACCAUAAAGUGCUCUUGGCAGCUCCCACAGUGGUUCAAAAAGCUCUUCUGUGGCAGAGGAAGCCUUAAGAGGGUCUCUGAUAUACAAAGAACAGCAGCUCACAAAAAGCCACCUAGCACAAGAUACCAAGUAUUACUGGCUAAUGACAACUGAUGUUAGGCUAUUAUCUUUCACUGUGCAGUACUGCCUACUUAAAACAAUGAGCAUCAAUUAUAUGAAAGCAAAUUCUUUUGUAACUGAAGUACUGGAAAUUACUCUUCAAAAUAGCAUGCAUGUACAUGAGUGGUUUUCUUGACGUUUUAUUUAUAUAUAUAUAUAGUUUGACUUCUCAAAUUUUGUAAUCUGAAUGUGCCAGUCUUUUCUACUUGAGAGAAAAAAUUACUAGGAAGUAUCUAUAUGUUGAGGUAAAGGAGGUCAAUAUUUCUUAAGAGCUGACGUAAAAGCAAAACAGCUUAAGCUUAUGCAUAAGCUGUAUCAAUUCUGAUGUUUCCAGUAGAAGUAAAUAUCAGGUUCCACUAUGCAACUGUGUACAGUACCUGUUUUCUAGGGAGUUACUAGUAGAUGCACAGCUUUACGCAGUAAAAUGUAUCUGUGACAGUUUCACAAACCACGCAACACAAAAGCCCCACACCAUACAACUAACUUCAACAAAGUUCACACCCAUGAAUACGUAUUUUGAUUUUAAUCUUAUGAUGCCACAUUCCAAUAUUUGAUAGACCUGAACCAUUUUUCCCUGUGAGAAAGUUUUUCUAUAACAGAAUGAACUCAAGAUGUGUUACAUUUUAAGUUUCAAUUAGAUAGUAGAAUUGUACUAUUUUUUUUUGUUAAGUACAACAGAAGAGGUCACCCUGAAAUGCAAUGUUAAACAAAACACAACAUUUAAAAAGUAUAAAUUCUCUAAAUAUACAUUUUGGUUAUGUGACCUUAAUGGAACACGGUAUGUGUCUUGCAAAGGAAGAAGCAACGUUCAUUUUGAUUGAACAGUAUUACAACAUAACAAGUAGCUUACCUGGUCAGAGAAGAGCAAGAUGUGAUAUUAUAGUAUGUACUAGGAAAAGAAAUUCUCUUGGCUGAACUGCAUGAACAAAGGUAACAUGGCAUGGUUAGGCCACAGUAAUGCUCUACGGCUCCAUACAAUGAAUACAAACCCCAUUCAGGGCUUAACUGACAAGAGAGACAACUUUUCCACAUUUGUGUUUAUUAAAAAUCGACAUUGUAAACAAAACCUGUACAAAAAAUAUCAGACUGCUUAGAAUUUUGUAACAUGUAUCUGUGGUGUGAGAGAAGUU